UCUCCAAAGUGAUCAAUAACGAGUUUACGCUAUACUCUUGGAUCUACUCAGCUUAAUUUUCUUCAUCAAUGGCCGAAAUUUCAGCGGAGGAACGAACCCUAACUUUAUUGAGCUCCGACGGCGAACGGUUCAUGGUCCCCGAAGCCGCCGCCGUGCAAUCAAAAACGAUCAAGAAUAUCGUGGAGGAUGGGUGCAGCGGCGGCCCGAUCCCGCUCGCCAAUGUCAGCUCUAAAGUACUGGCUGAGGUCAUCGUCUUCCUUAAAAAUCACGCGAAUGGCAGCGAGAUCGAGGAACAGAAGAAAAGCGACGAGACAUUCCUGAAGGAGAUCGCCGAUAGGAUUCGAGAUAAAUCGCCGGAGUGGGUGAGGAACCUGUUCGGAAUCGAAAACGAUUACACGCCGGAGGAGGAGGAAGCGGUCAGGAUGGAAUACGCGUGGGCUUUUGACGAUAUCAAUGAUGAUUGAUCCCUCAUGAGAAUUUUUUCACAAGGAAACAAGGCGUUGCAUUAGGGUUUUUUUUUUUUUUUGUUAUAUUAUGUUUAUUUCUUUUAUUAGGAUUAGGGUUUUCGUAUAUCUUUGGUUUCAUUUAUUGAAGAUUAUAUAUGUUUUGAUUAUUUGCAUUACUUAGUAUUGCUUA